GUCUGAUCUGUUGUCAUUUCCUCUUGCUUCACACUCUGCUGACAGUGACGGGUUUGAUAAAAAAAAAAAACACAAUAAAACAUCAAAGUGUGAAGAUCUCGGUUAAUUAGCUGACAGGAUCCGCAGUGUGUGUUUGUGUAGAUCAUGCUUGAGGACUCAAACACACAGCAUACCUCCAUCAGCGACUGAUAAACGCGCUCGGAUCAUAACUGUUGUUGUCGCUCCAUGCCUGCAGCUUUCCUCUCUUCACUGUCAUGUUUGUGAACGGUCGAUGCUGGUGUUGUUCUGUGUUCAGUGCUGGAGCGCGGCCCUGGGCUUCCUGCUGAGAUCUUCUUCAUCACUUUAAGCGGUCGUCUGAGGAUGUGUCUGCUUUCUUUAUCAUUUACUGCACUCCAUGGCUGUUUCAGGUAGGAAGUGCGUAGUGGGACGUCACUGAGGAGUAAUGCCUGUUGAAAGUGGAAACAGCGCAGCCGCCCGUCAAGUCAAACAGAAGCGCAAGUCGCACAGUCUGUCCAUUAGGAGGACCAACAGCACCGAGCAGGAGAGAGGCAUGCAGAGAGACAUGAUGGAGGGACAGGACUCCAAGUUGCCGAUGGCCUUGAGGAGUAACUUACUGGACCUGUUUGGACAGAUUGAACGGGAGUUUGAAAAUCUCUACAUUGAAAACUUAGAAUUGAGGAGAGAGAUUGAAUCACUAAACGAACGUUUGGCUGGAGAAGGACAGACUGUUGAUGGCGGUGAUCUGACCAAAGGAGCCCUGAAAACAAAAGCAAGUCACAGCACAAGUCAACUUUCCCAAAAGCUGAAGACGACAUACAAGGCCUCCACUAGCAAGAUUGUGUCCAGUUUCAAAGCCACCACGUCUCGUGCAGUGUGUCAGCUGGUCAAGGAGUACGUGGGACAUCGGGAUGGGUUAUGGGACCUGGCUGUGACCCGGAUUCAGCCGCUGGUUUUAGGCACAGCUUCAGCUGAUCACUGCUCCAUGCUGUGGAGUAUUGAGACUGGAAAGUGCCUGCUAAAAUAUGCCGGCCAUGCUGGAUCAGUCAACUCCAUUAAGUUCCACCCCACAGAGCAGAUGGCACUUACAGCGUCCGGGGACCAGACGGCACACAUCUGGCGUUACAUGGUACAGCUGCCGCUUCCCCAGCCCCCAGCAGACAUCAGUGCCUCGCUGGACGAUGACGGGGACUUCUCUGAUAAAGACGAGGCUGAUGGCGAGGCAGAGGGCCCCAGUGAAUGCCCCACCAUCCGUGUGGCCACCACCACCUUGAAGAGCCACCAGGGGGUGGUGAUCGCAGCUGAUUGGCUGGUGGGAGGAAAGCAGGUGGUCACUGCGUCCUGGGACAGAGCGGCCAACCUCUAUGAUGUAGAGACCUCUGAGCUGGUGCACACCCUCACAGGUCAUGAUCAAGAGCUGACCCACUGCUGUACUCAUCCCACCCAGCGUCUGGUGGUCACCUCAUCAAGGGACACCACCUUCCGCCUGUGGGACUUCAGAGAUCCCUCCAUCCACUCCGUCAACGUCUUCCAGGGCCACACCGACACCGUGACGUCAGCUGUGUUCACUGUGGGAGACAACGUGGUGUCAGGAAGUGACGAUCGCACCGUCAAGGUGUGGGACUUGAAGAACAUGAGAUCUCCAAUUGCUACCAUCCGCACAGACUCCGCCGUUAAUAGGAUAAGUGUCUCAGCGAACCAAAGGAUCAUCGCUCUACCACAUGACAACAGGCAGGUCAGGCUGUUCGACAUGAACGGAGUCCGUCUGGCCCGUCUCCCACGGAGCAACAGACAGGGCCAUCGGCGCAUGGUGUGCUGCUCUGCCUGGAACGAGGAGAACCAAGCUUGCAAUCUGUUCACCUGUGGCUUCGACCGCCAGGCCAUCGGCUGGAACAUCAACAUCCCUGCCCUGCUGCAGGAGAAGUGACACACUUCACACGUACACAAGCUUAACACGGCCCAUCCACUCAAUCACAAAUGAACACGUUCGUCAGUGCCACACUUGCAGUAGAUUUUAAAGAGCACAUCA